AUGACACAACAACCUCGACAAAUAGAAAAUGUAUUUGGUUUGGGUAAUGGCGAAAAAGUUUUGAACGAGUAUGCGUAUGAGAGUAGCUCGUGUGGAUGUGGUCCAUCGUACAAAGUAUAUUUAACCGAUGCACGGAUUAUCCAACGAGGACAAGAAAAAUCAGGUUGUUGUACUACACAUCAAGUAGAUUCAAUGCUCUUUCUAUCCGAUAUUAGUACCAUUAGCAAUUAUGCACAAAGACAAACGUGUAAUAUAUGGGACAUCAUAUGUUGCCCUUGUUCCAUCUUGAGUUGCUGUUUCACUGCUGGCAAACCCAUCAGUAUUCGUGGAGCGUUCGGACAAGAAGUGUUUAUGUUUGCCGUCGCAGAUGUGAAUAGAGCUCUCGCAGACAUUCCUCAAGCGGCCUUACCAAUAAAAACAGCGAAAUCCCACUAUUGA